AUGAGAACUUUAUCAUUUUCCAACAAUCCCUCCUACUUGAAGAAUAUGGUUUACAACCGUGAUAUCCCGGGUGCCACCACUCGACUACCUGGUGGUGUUGCCAGUGGUUUUCCUCUCAGUUCCAGACUAACCGGUUCAUGUUAUGUCAUCGAAGAGGAACAGCCUACUGAAGGACAAGUUGAUAACAAUGGUAAUAACCAGAGAACUCAAUUGAACAUCCCAUGCAAUAGUGCAGGAGUAGAUCGAGAUGUGAACUUUCCUGUGAAGGAUGCUGAUAAUAUUGAUUCAAACAGUGGUAACAGCAAUAACAAUCAUCAUAACGCUGCUCGAUUGUCCCAAGCAUAUAACUCCGUUACUGAAGUGAAUCCAUUAGCAUCACUCGCUAAUGAGUCCUCAUCUUCUAAGAGCUUGUUUUCCAACGCAACACAUGGUGAAGUAAAUUUGCUGCCACAGCUUGCGUCAAAUUCGACAUUGUUGAAUUCUCUGCGACAACAACAUGCCACAAGUUCACACAUGACAGAGGUCAAAUCUGGUCAUCUUAUCCUCAUUAUUCCAGAGCUGAAGCUUAGCCCGGUUAAUCCUAAAUCAGAAUGCUCUUUUCUCUCAAGUUCAAGGACUCUACCUCACCGUUGUCCUGUUAUUGUAAAAAUCCAUGACAGAGGUUAUGAAAAAUAUGCCAUAAUAAGCAGCACUAGACGCCAGCUUGGCCUGUCCCCAUUUUGUGUGAAACUGAAACAUAGUUAUGUCAGUCAGUCAACAUCUAAUCCAUCCCACUUCAGUCUCGUCAUUGAUAGUUCUGAAGGAAAGACAUUCACCUUUGAAGCCAGCAGUCCAGAUGUGGCCAAAGAAUGGAUGCAAGCCCUGACUCUCAUAGACAGCUCACUACACAGGAGUAAUCCACAGCUGUGCUUCUCUGAAACAUCUAGUGAAGCAGCUGAACACACACAGUAUUCGACAAAUUCAAAAUCUUCACACGCAACGUUGAAUCUCGCCAUUUUGCCACUUAUGCCGGUGUUGUCGGAAUCCGUUGAAGAAGAAGAUGAAGAAUAG